UCUCCAUGAUUAAAGCGGCAGCCUGGAGGGGAGUCGCAGCAGCGUGUGAAGCAGCAGUAGCAGCAGAAGAAGAAGCAGUCAGGGGGAAUGAGAGCGGACCGAGCCGAGGCAUCUUCACCAUGCAGCCGACUACCACCACCAGCCGUCCAUUUUAUACCAUUAUAUGAGCCCAUGAGCGCCAGUUUGUCUGUGUCUUGCAGACAGGCAGAGUGCAGACCCGGCGAUGACAACAUAGGCCAACGCCUCGCUGCAGCUACAUACAGGGAAUGAAAACGCUCCCAAGAUGGUCCGCAUCGCCAAGGCCCUGGGUUUGGUUAUUCUGUGCGUCGCUGUGCUCAUCCUGUCCCUCAUUAGCUAUGUGUCCCUGAGAAAAGACAGCCUCUUUACCUCCUCCAAAUAUUACAUGGGGGGUCCGAGGAUUAUGUUUCACGCUGGAUUUCGGUCUCAGUUUGCCAUGAACUUCCUGGACCCCUCUUUCAUCCCCUUAACGAACGCCCUGAAUGAGGAGCUCCAAGGAAAACCGUCCAAAUGGAAGUUCAACAAGACGGCUUUUUAUCAGCAGAGGAAAGAUAUCUUCAGCUACAUCGACAUUCCCACCAACUUCUCCCUCACAAAGAACAGCGUACGUGUUGGCCAGCUGAUGCACUUUGACUACUCCAGCCACAAGUACGUCUUCUCCAUCAGCAACAACUUAAAAUCCCUGCUCCCCGACACCUCGCCAAUCCACAACAAGCAUUAUUCCAUGUGCGCCGUGGUGGGCAACAGCGGCAUCCUGACAGGAAGCCACUGCGGCCCAGAGAUUGACCAGGCCGACUUUGUCUUCCGUUGCAACUUCGCCCCCACGGAGGUCUACUCCAAGGAUGUGGGCAAGAAGACCAACCUGACCACCUUUAACCCCAGCAUCCUGGAGAGGUACUACAAUAACCUGCUGACCAUUCAGGACAGGAAUAAUUUCUUCCUCAACCUGAAGAAGCUGGAGGGAGCCAUCCUGUGGAUCCCUGCCUUUUUCCUUCAUACCUCAGCCACAGUAACCAGGACCCUGGUGGACUUCUUUGUGGAGCACAAGGGACAACUGAAAGUUGAACUGGCCUGGCCGGGAAACAUCAUGCACGAUGUCAACAAGUACUGGAAGACUAAAAACCUCUCCCCCAAGCGUCUCAGCACUGGGAUCCUCAUGUACACACUGGCCUCCGCCAUGUGUGACGAGAUCCACCUCUACGGCUUCUGGCCCUUCGGCUGGGACCCCAACACGGGCAAGGAUCUGCCUUACCACUACUACGACAAGAAAGGGACCAAAUUCACCACCAAGUGGCAAGAGACCCACCAGCUGCCCAGCGAGUUCAAGCUGCUCUACAAGCUGCACAGGGAAGGCGUGAUCAGACUCAGCCUGACGCACUGCUCUUAGACACACGGUGGAUGGUUUUUAAAGAGGUGACUCCAGAGACACAGACACGUCUGCUCAGCUCAAACUUCUGUUGUGACCCACACUGCAUGAUAAGUGUUAAGUCAAUUUAUGACGCCCUCAUUCGACAGACACACACUCACAUUGCGCUGUAAUUUCACAUGAAGAUGUCACAGACUUUUCACAGCGUUACUCAUUUAUUCGGUAUAUUGUCGUCUACAGCACUUCACAGUUAGGACUUUUUACGCUGCUCAGUUGCUUCCAUUACUCUCCUUUGCAUGGCUGCUGGCCGUGGCUAAACAGCUCAAACAGUUAACUGGAGUUUGCAGGGGGAUUCAACACAAACAGUCAAAUCUUCCAGUUCUGUAUAACACAGUGUUGAUUGAUUAUCGCCUUUUACAACAGUAUACUGAUUCUGUACACUGAAAUCACUGCCUAAUCUCAGGGAAGGAGUUAGAUCAGUGUUUUUUGUAAUCAGAUUCAACGCCUCAAGAGAGGUGCAGUUCCUGUUUUCAGGCCUUUUUUCCCCCACGAGGUGUCAGACAAUCUGCACUGCUCUGAAAGAUGGUACUUGUUUACAAGACUGUACUUGUGUGUCUUUUAUCCUCUGUAGACAGUGUGACUGUCCACUUCAAAUUUUGUUGAGAUUCUUCAAAUUUUUGGAAUAAUAAUCGACAUUCCGACAAUAAGCCAUAAAUUCAUGGACAGACGAUGGUGUGUUGUCACUGAAACGCUGAAUUGUAGAGAGUGGUAUCGGCCUACAUUAGGUUCUGAGACUACAAGACAUUAAAAAAAAAUCUUCUAACAAGACUACGAGUCUAUAGCCACGCUAGCGGCUACAUUCAAGUCACAGAACUUCCAAAAAAUAAUUAUCCAAAAUGCCGUUUAACCACGCUUAUCAGGUAUUUCAUAUUUAUUAUUAAGUCCGUUGCACAACAACAAAAAAUUACCUUGUUUCAAAAGUUGCUAUCCUGAAAAUGACAUAUCUGCUUGCUUAUUUUGUUUGCUUAAAAUUUUUAAAUAAUCAAAAGUCUUGAUAAAAGACAAUCCUGCACACUGCUCUUGCUCAGCAUCACAAUUUAUUGGUUAUACUAAUGUUUUGGUGGCAGCACGGUGGUACAGUGGUUAGCAUUGUCACCUCGCAGCAAGAGGGUUCCUGGAUGGAGGGUUGAAACCAGGAACCUCUGUGCGGGGUUUGCAUGUUCUCCUCAUGUCAGCAUGGGUUCUCUGGGUACUCCGGCUUCCUCCGGCUUCCUAGAGCAGGCACCCCAUGUACAAGGCUGUUGCCGCAGCGGCCCGGGUUCAAGUCUGGCCUGUGGCCCUUUGCUGCAUGUCACCCUCCCUCUCUCUCUCUCCCCCUUUCACGCUUGGCUGUUCUGUCCAUUAAAGGCAGAAUGCCCCAAAAAAUAUCUUUAAAAAAUAAAUAAAUAAAUAAAUAAAUAAAUUGACCGUAGCUGUGAAUGUGAAUGUGAAUGGUUGUCUGUCUCUAUGUGUCAGCCCUGUGAUAGUCUGGUGACCUGUCCAGGGUGUACCCUGCCUCUCACCCAAUGUCAGCUGGGAUAGGCUCCAGCCUCCCUGUGGUCAGGAGUAUUUUAAAAUAGUUAAAUAUAAUAAAAUAAAAUAAAAUACUCAGUCGUGACAAAGAUAAGAGGGACUGAAACAUUAGUAUAACCAAUGAAUUGUGAUGUAGUGUGCUGGAUCUUCUUUUCUCAAGACGCAUCCGCAUCUGAGAUGGUUGGAUGUGCGAAUAUCUCCUUUAAAAAGACAUAUAUAAGUCAUGAUAAAAUUGUUUAAGUUUGACUAACUCUGUGCAAAUUAAGCAUGGACAUUUCUUGGGAGGAUUUUUGAUUUACCUCAAAAGAGCGUUAAGUCCCAUUAAACGACCUCCUGGUUAUUUAUUUUGUCAGAAAAACAGAUGCAUAGUUCAUUAGAGUCACAAACUGGAGCUAAAGGUUCACUAGCUAUUUGUUAAUCAAUUUUUAAGUUUGUGUAUAAAGUCCUUCCUUCAUUCUCACCACUAGUUUGUUUAAAAUUUAGGUCACAGGCUCACUUGAUGACAGAAUGACAGGAAGUCAAUGCUCCUGGCCGAGAAAUGAACCCUGAAAAAACACAAAUUGUUUUUUUACACACAUUUUUUUGUACAAAUUAAACAAAUGAGAUAUAACCUGUUAAUUGAAGAGCUUUCUAGGUUCUGGUAGUCAUAUUUUGUUGUAUUUGGAACGAGCCAAUCGAGCCUUUUCCGUAGUUUUUAGUCUUUAUGUUAAGCUAAGCUAAUUGGCUGCUCGCUCCAGCUUCUUAUUUAACAUACAGACAUGACAGUAGCGUUGAUCCUCUCACCUAACUCUUGCAAGAAAGGGAUGAAGCAUAUUGGCCAAACUGAAGUAUUGCUUUAAAACCGAAUAUAUUUCAAUAUAUUAUUUUCUUACACAGUUCAGAUGAGUCAAAUUCAAUAUGAUCUAUUUUAUCUUAAAUCUACACGUGUCAUAUAUUAGCAAGCUAACGUUAGCUUUGUCAGUUGGUUCAGUUAGCUACGCAGCAGUUACACCUGCAGUUUUAUAGGUGUAAAUAUUCACAGUAACUACUAAUAGUUUUAAGACCCAGUUAGUGUGCUGAAACCUGUUUUAAUUCAGUAAAUACAAGCUAAGUUUCAAUUAGUAGCUGCAACCAUCUCCUGUAAACACAACUGAUGGAUCAAUGAGAAUCAAGAAGACAGUUUUACCAAUAUAAGCAGAGGGUAUCAGACUGUCUUGUGACCUAAAUCAUGGCGCUAGCGUGGCGAAAACAUCAGGAAAUACAACAGUUUGGACGGUUUCUUCAACACCAAGAUGAUCUUGAAGUUUACCACUAUUUCAAUUAUAUAAAUAUAUAUUAAAAACCUAAAGAAGAAAUACACUAUUUAUUAUAGAGCUUUUGUUGACUGGGGGGAAGUUAUUUAUUCGUCACGUCACCAUAUCAAAACCAAUAUUUGUGACAUAAAACAGAGAAAUGAAUGAAUGUUAUGUGCAUCUCGUAUACAGAGCAUGAUCCAUUUAAAUGACAUUGCAUGUGAGGCACUAACAAAUCUUUUAGGCUAGUUUUAUACAACCUUUUUGAAGAUUGUUUUGAGGGUAAAAAUUUAGUUUUUUGCUAUUGUUUGUACUCCUGAUGGUGUUUUCCUUACGAAUAUCACCAGUGUCUUUGUAUGAGAGGCAUUUGAAGGCUUAAAAAAAACAAAAGAACCCUAAUAUAAUAUAUUCCACAUGGGACCAAACCACUACAGAACAACUCAAAAAUGAACAAGCUUUAUUUUUUGUAACUGUAGAUAAUCUGGGGUUCUCAAAAACAGUCCGCCCUGUCAUGCCAGUCUGACUGGGUUGAACGCUGGCCACAUGACUUGUCUCAUGACUCUACAACAUGUGCUCCUUGAUGCAAACUCUGGCUCAGGCUGAGGUUUAAUACACAGAGCAACGCAGUCAUUCACACUUACCAUAUAGUAGUGUGCGCUUUUGUGCUCAUUCAGAUUUGGUGUGGUAGCCGCUUGUUUGCCAUCCAGUCCCACACAAAACGUCCUUCUGUCUCGUCUCCUUUGGGCAAGAUGAACAUUUUUUUGUGUCUCGUCUCAAAAUCACAGCGCAGUCACCACCAUGAAAACACAUAUCUGAUGGGAAAGUCUGAAUUAUAGGCCAUUUAAUUGAUGUCAUAGAUGUGAACAUUUAAGGAUAAUUUCUGUAGUCCUUUCCAUUAGGAAUGUUUUGUUGGUACACCAAAGACCAUGUGUUCAAAGUAGAAACGUUAGCUUGAUAAAGAUUUAUUUGGUAUUUCUGGAAGCUGUAAAAUGAGUAACAACUUUUAUUGUAUAAGAAAUGGAGUAUUCCUUUUUUUGAUGUUGAAUUUAAUGGUAAAUAUCACUUUUCGUGGCACAAAAAUCAUUUUAAACUUAUUUGCUUUUUUGGUUUCAGCCAUUGUGGUGGAAUUUAUUUGUGACUCCAUGAAUGUCCUCCUAUAGAUCAGUUUGUUUGAAGAAUCCACUGACAUGAAUGCAGGACAUUUAAAGGUUUUCUCUUAAAGGGUAACUUUGGUAUCUUUCAACCUGGACCCUAUUUUCCCGUGUUUUUGUGUCUGAGUGAUCUAAUUUGAAGCAGCAGUUUUUAAAAAUUGGUCAGUAUUGAGCGAGAGGGCUGUGGACAACAACUGCAAAACAGGCUGCAAUGUAAACAGUUGGGGCAAUUGUGCGGCAUCAGUUUACGUCCACUAAUAGUGUUUGUUUUUGCCACUGACAGGCUCAGAUUGUUAUUUUAGGUGUCUGACAACAUUAUGGAAAGGAUCCUACAGACAGACCUUUUUGUUAUAUAGUAAGACCCUUUUUUUGUUUAAUCAGAAACAGCCCCAGAAUUGCAAUUGCCACACCCACUAGACAAGGGGUAGGCAACCUGCCGCAUGUGGCUCUGUAGCUCCAGUGGCUCCCUGUGGCUUUAACCAAAAAUUAGGCUACAUGUAAAUGAAUCAAAGUUGUUUUUGAACAUUUUAAUUAUCAUUUAUCAUUGUUCUAGGCCUAAAGUGAUUCUUUUCACUAUCUAAUUGUAAAAAUGUGUAACCUUUAGGCCUACAACAAAUUUUAAAAAUGUUCGUAAACUAAAAUGUAAAUCAUAGCUAUGUCUACAGCCUGGCAUCCCUUCUCUAAAUUUUGCCGAACAUCAAGAGCGAUGGCUUGUCUUGAGUUUCCUUAGCGAAGCUAGCUGUGGAUUCCAAGUCCAGAAAGGAAAAGUCCUGGAGGAAAAUAUUGAAUUUAAUAGUGCAUAGACAGAUUUGUUUACUUUCGCGGCAGGGUAUUAAAUAUUUAUAAACACCUAACAGCAGAGAAUUGAUGAUGAUUAGACCUAUUAGUAAUGCUGAUAAGCUAAUUUAGACUUAAUAAGGCUGUGUUACCUUUCUUAUUAGGUUAAAAUAUAUUUUGCGGCUCCGGAUAGAUUUAAUACAUUUUUUUGGACCAAAAAUGGCUCUUAUUUUUAUCAUCGUAAAUCACACUUUAUCCAAAAUGAAAUUCACAAAGGCUGUCUUACUUAGUCAGUCCACUGUUUCAACAAUUACCAACUCUGGUUUGGUUGAAAUAAACUCUCAAUUAACAAAAUUAGAUGUGAAAAUAUUCUGCCUCUAUACACGCUAAAAUUAGUGUUAUUUGAUUUAAGUUUGGUGAGUGUUGCGAUGACAAAUUCGGGGCUGUUUCUAGUUAAACAAAAAGGAUUUUACUCUUUAACAAGAAGGUCGACCUCUGUUGGGAUCCUUUCCAUAACGUUGUCAGACACUUAGAAUAAUAAUCUGAGCCUGUCAGUGGCAAAAACAAGCACUUUUAGUGAACAUUCACGGUGUGUAAUUGCCCCGACUGAUUACAUCGAAGCCUGUUUUGCAGCUGCCGACUUUUGCCUUCUUGCUUAAUACUGAACCAUCUUCUAAAACUGUUGUUCCCAUUAGUCACUUAGACACAAAACAUGAGGAAAUAGAGUCCAGGUUAAAAGAUACCAAA